UCUGUGACUCUUUAAAUAAACAUAACAUCUUGUUUUCUUGAAUUUUAAAAUUUAAUUAAUCGACUACAAAAUUAUGUGAUAGUGUUUAAAAACAUUUUUAGCUCCUGUUUUUUUCAUGUACCGAUAUUUUAUAAACAGUUCUAGUCUUAUUCAGUAACUGAUAGGACGUUAUUUUAUAUUGGAAUUUGAAUUUUCAUUGUGAAUAUACACAUUUGAUUUGUUUUCCAUCUCAAAGAAGAAUGGAGAAAAGGCUAAGAAAACUAUCACGAUUGUCCAUGAAGAAACAUUUUCGUAAAUCAUUGAUGAGUGAUUGUGUUGAGCCAACAAUUCCCAAUAAGUCUCUUACUAUUAUAGAAAUAAGUUCAACUGAUUCUGAGUCUUCAGAUACAGAAGCUGAGGUUGCACAACAAUUAGAAUGCACAAAAACAAGGAGUUUCGAAAAUUCUGAUUCUGUAAAUAUAAUAUCUCCCUCUCCAAAUAAAAAUGAAAAUCUGAAUUGCCUUUCAACUGGAAAAAAAAAAUCUUGUAAUGCUGGUGCUUAUAGGAAAUGCUCCAAAGUUGAUAUGGGAGGUGGAGAUUAUAAAGUGGAAGAUGCUAUAGAUUCUAAUGCAAUCCUAGAAUUUUCUCUUUUAGAAUAUAGUAAUUUUAAGAAACCUAUAGCAACAACAAAUCCUGCAAAUUCAACUAUGCUAAACUUAGAAGAAAUUAAAACGAGUCACAAAGAAGAAAAUUCAGUUUAUAAUGUUAGCUCAGAAUCAGUUAAUGAAUCCUAUGAGAAAUUAUUGGAUAAUAUUUAUGGGGAAAGUUGGAGGCCCUAUAAAGAAAAAGUUCUCCCUAAAUCUGAAAAAAAAGUCGGUGCUAAAAAACAGUUCAUCACAAAGCAAACACCUGCCACUGAAAGGAAAUUAAAAAAGUCUGAAGUCUAUAAAAAUCCAUAUAUAGAUAAUGAAAAACAAAAGUCAAAUUGUUUAUUGAAAACACUUCAAAAAAGAAGAUUUGAAAAAAUCAAUGAGUCGCCAUUAAUAAAAAAUUUAAAAGCAUUAUGUGAUCAGGAGAGUAGUGAGCAAUCAGAUGUAUACUCUCCUAUAACUAGCAGAACAAAAUUGAAUAUUUAUGCAGAUGAGAAAUCAUAUCGAGAGAGAGAUGAAAAUGUCAGAGUAGAUAUGAAUCCUGAGUCAAAGGAUUUUUGCUGGUCAGAUAAGGAGAAUUCUAUUGAAGCACUUUCAUUGGAAGAACGUAUCAAAAAAAAAAUAUGUAAUCAAAGGAAUUCCAAAAAUAUCAUUGAAGAGCAACCUAAACUAUAUAAAUUAUCAAAUCAUCCACAAAUAAAUGGAUUAAGCAAAGAUGAAAAUGUACGUAAAAUUUUAUUUCCAGCAGAAGAAUUGUCUAACAAAAACUUUUGUGAUUCUGAAUUGAAAGAUGAUGUACCUAACUCUAAUCUGAUAAUAGAAAAAAACUCUUUAAGUCCAAGUAAUGUACUAAAUCAAGAAGAAAUUUCACCUAGCUCUGAUGAUAGUUUAAAAAAUUGUAAAAGCAAUAAGGCAAAGAAGAAAUAUUUGAAAAAAUAUUUGGACUCCUCAGGUUCAAGCACAGACUCUGAUGAAGGAAAUGGUUUAGGAAAAGUCGAUGAAAAUGAAUUUGAAAAAAUUAUUCUAACUGAGAAGGCCAGUAUUGAAAAAAUAUCUAGUAUAGACUCAAAUUUAGAUACAAAAAGUAUAAAGAAAGUAUACAAAGCAAAACUCUCCCCUAAUUCUCUUCGAAACUCUGAGACUAAGAAUAAUUCAGGGAAAGCUAGUAAGAAGAUAAAUAAAAAAAUUAACUUGAAAAAAUAUUUAGACCCUUCAUACUCAAGCAGUAACUCUGAUGAAGAUAAUGAUUUCAAAGAAAUUAAUAAGCAUGAUGAAAAAACUGGAGGAAAGGAUGUGCAUUCUGAGAACCCCAAGAGACAAAUUAAUAAUUUAAAUCAAAAAGUUGAUAUUAAAACUAAAAAAGCACCCAAAUCCAGAAUUUCUUUGAGUUCUUCUGAAGGCUCCGAUAAAAUGAAUAAUUUUGAAAAACGAACUAAGAAAAACGUUAGGAAGAAAACAGUAAAAAAUAAAUUCUGUCAAGAAAGUUCUUCAAACUCUGAAGAUAGUCUAGUGGAAAGUUUUGAUAAAAUGGAUAUAAGGAAAGCCAAUCAAACCAAGACUUAUUCAUUUCUGGCAUCUUUGUCAGGCAACAUCGCACUCCAUCAAUGUGACCCAACAUCCAGAAUUUUCAAAGUGAAUUUCAAGAAUACGAAGGAAGAACUGGCAAAGAAAUUAUUUGUUCUUUACAAUAAGCAUAUUUUCGAAAAUCGCAUCCCGGCAAAUACCCCAAUCGAAUGGAAUGCUAGGAUGCUCUGUACAGCUGGGUAUUGCUAUUCGAAAAAGAUUACCCAUAGAGACGGAAAAAUUGACCUGGAGGCACGCAUAGUGCUCUCGUCAAAAGUACUGACGACACCUGAUCGCCUGAGGGACACCCUGGUUCAUGAGAUGUGCCAUGCUGCAGCUUGGGUGGUAGAUAAGGUGAGAGAUGGCCAUGGGAAAUACUGGAAGGCCUGGGCUGAUAAAGCAAAAAAAGUGUUUCCAGAACUUCCACCAAUCAAAACAUGCCACAACUAUGAAAUUAAUUCUAAGUAUGUUUACCGAUGCACUGGCUGUGGUUAUAGUAUUAAGCGGCAUAGAAAAUCUCUAGAUAUAGAGAGGAAAAGAUGUGGACAUUGUCUUGGCAAAUUUGAGAUAUUCAUCAACAAAGUAAAUAAAAAGGGCGAACAAAACUUGGUCCCAGCUGACACUCCAAAAAAACAACCCAAAGGUUUUGCUUUGUUCGUUCAAGAAAAUUAUUCAAAAUAUAAAAAUACCAAUUCGACGGAAAUUAUGAAAAUACUUAGUAAAGAAUUCAAAAAGAUUAAAGUUCAAGACUGAAGCCCAGAGUUAAGUUUAAUUAAUUAUUGAUCUAGAUCUAUAAUAUAUAUAUACAAUAUAGAUAUUUUUAUAAGAAAAAACUUGACAUAAUGAAUUGUUGAUGUUCAAAAUAAAUUUAGAAUUUUCCUAA